CAUUUAAUAAACCAUUCUUCACCAUCCAUUAUAUCACAAAAACUUUUUUUUUUCUCUUCUCAUUUUUCCUCUAUUCUUUGCAAAAAAAAAAAAAGAAAAAAAGAAUCAAACUUGAUAGAAAUUAUCAGGGUAUUUUUCUCAUCUGGUUUUAACAUUUUUGAUUCAAGAAAGGCACAAAUGUUGGGUGGACAAGUAAUAACUGAUCCAGCAGGCGAAAUCAAAAUAAGUUUUGGAUAUCACUGUAAUAACAGCACGGAUGAUUCCGGCGAGGAAUCAGAUGUUAGCGACAUUCGUCCUGGAAGUAAACUUCGAAGAGCCAACGGUUCCUUCUCUUGCCUGUCUGGGGCAGCUCUAAGUGCCAAUGCCACACUAGCAAACACAAAUAUUUGCAACGGAUUGCUCGGGGCUGAGAUACUUCCCGCACUUGAUUCACCUACUUCUUUCCGCCGGAUACUCUCGUCUCCGUCCUUCUCGAAGUUGGAUUUAUUAUCGUCUUCUUUUCAGAGUAGCUUGUCAAACUUAAGUUGUAGUCCAUCCUCUCCAAGUGAGCUAGCUGAAGACAAUUCAUGUUCAUUGAGAUCCACGAGUGCUCCGUCUAGGUGUGAAAGCUUCCUUAAUGCAACAGAAGUUAAAAUUGCAGGCGGUGCAGCGGGUGAAGACAGAGUUCAGGCUGUUUGUUCAGAAGAGAACGACUCGCUUUUCUGUGCCGUAUAUGAUGGAUUUAAUGGAAGAGAUGCAGCUGAUUUUCUGGCUGGAACAUUGUACGAAACAAUUAGACAUUACCUCGGUUUAUUGGACUGGGAUGGGCUUCCUUAUUUAGAGGUGGAAAAGUCGUGUACCUCUUUUAAGCAAAGGGUACUUAAUAGCAUGGAACAGGCUCUUAUUCAAGCUGAGAACGAUUUCCUUCACAUGGUUGAACAAGAAAAGGAUAACCGCCCUGAUUUAGUAUCGAUUGGAUCCUGUGUAUUAGUUGUACUUCUACUUGGGAAGAACAUGUAUGUGCUUAAUGCAGGAGAUAGUCGAGCUGUAUUGGCAACUUCUGGUGAUCAAGGCUUCGGUACUAAUAGUGAUGGACAGUUGCAAGCUGUGCAGCUGACUAUUAGUCAUACUGUCGAUAAUGAAUCUGAAAAAAUUCAACUAUUAAAGAAGCAUCCCGACGAUCGCUCAACAAUCGUGGGUGGGAAAGUUAAGGGAAAGCUAAAGGUUACUCGGGCACUUGGAGUCGGUUACUUGAAAAAGAAAAGUAUGAAUGAUGCUUUGAUGGGCAUUCUUCGUGUCCGGAAUCUAAUUAGUCCUCCAUAUAUUUCUGUACAACCGUCUCUGACUGUACAUGAAAUAUCAAGUUCUGAUCACUUCGUUGUACUUGGAAGCGAUGGUCUAUUUGACUUCUUCAACAAUGAUGAUGUUGUAAAGCUUGUCUAUUCUUAUAUCCUACAUCACCCUUUCGGUGAUCCAGCCAAAUUUCUCGUGGAGCAGCUCGUCAUGCGAGCAGCAGAUUCUGCAGGAUUUAGCAAGGAAGAGUUGAUGAGCAUACCAGCUGGUAGGAGGAGGAAAUAUCAUGAUGAUGUGACAGUAAUUGUGAUAAUCCUAGGAAUGAACAAACGCACCUCAAAAGCAUCAACGCGUCUGUGAAAUUUUGUCAAUCUGAAGAACAAUUUUGUCAAUUUUGUUCCAUUUUAUUUUGUAGUUUGACACUGCGGUAAGGAAAGUUUGGGGUGGGGGAAUUGUUUUUGCUUAUAUUAGAAUUUAGAAGUGUUAUGUUAUUCACCAUUUCUGGAUUUGUUCGAACUUGUUCUGCAAAAAAAAGACCUUCACUUCAUUUGUAAACUAUAUGUAUAGUUUUGCUCAUCAUUUUCAUGAAUAAGAGGAAGUGUUGGAUUUUCUUUGAGCA